AUGCCACGAGAAGUGGAGCCGUCGCUCAGCGAAAGGACAUUCGUCACGCAGGCGUUGGCUGAAGGGCUGCGUCUGGACAAUCGCAAGUUUGAACAAUAUAGGUCACUAAAGCUCACAUUUGGCGAUGAGUAUGGCAUUGCUGAAGUGCAAUUCGGCAAGACAAAAAUCAUGGCGAAAGUCUCAGCAGAAGUCACCGUACCAUUCUCAGAUCGCCCGUUUGACGGCGCCUUCACCAUUGCCUCCGAGCUCAGCCCAAUGGCCGCGCCCUCGUUCGAGGUGAACCGGCCUACAGAAACAGAGGUUCUCCUAUCCCGCCUCCUCGAAAAGACCAUCCGCCGCUCCGGCGCCCUCGACACCGAGUCGCUGUGCCUGAUUGCCGGCCAAAAGUGUUGGUCGGUGCGUGUGGACCUGCACGUUCUGGCGCACGACGGCAACCUGCUCGACGUGUCUUGCCUGGCCGUCGUCGCGGCCCUGCGGCACUUUCGCAAGCCCGAGACUACGAUGGAGGGCGGCGUGUUGACCGUCUACACGCCCGCGGAGCGCGAGCCCGUGCCGCUGAGCUGGCUGCACUCGCCGUUUUGCGUCACGUUUAGCUUCUUUGGCGAGGGCGGCGGCGACGACGACGAUACAAAGGUGCUGCUCGACACGACGUGGCUGGAGGAGCAGCUGCGGACGAGCAGCUGCACGUUUAGCAUGAACAAGCACGGCGAGAUUUGCCAGAUUUCCAAGCUGGGCGGCGCCGCGGUUGACGCGCCGCUGUUUGUACACUGCGCGCAGACGGCACUGAACAAGACAAAGGAGUUUACGGACAUGUUGGACAGAAAGCUGGUCGAGGACGCCAAGCGCAGGGACAAGGGUGGCUUAAUGGCGGAGUUGACAGCAGAAAAUGAUAGAUGA